AUGCAUCCCGCUCCCAGCCUGGCGGAAUCAUUCCCGAAGAACUCCAAACCCGAAGAGCGAGCUCAGCAUCAUGUCUCUCGCCAGCAUGAUCAGGACAUCCAGCAGCGACAACCGCCGCAACAGGCGGCGCAGGUUGGACAUCCUCACUCCAUGACACCAGAGAGCCACCACUCCGUCCCUGCCAGCCUGGCUUCACCUCCUAUUAGGAAGGGUACGGCUUCCAGCACCUCGACGACUGGUUCCGAUGCGACAGUGAUCACCAACGCUUCCAUCGACACCGAUUCGACAGCCUACAGUGCAGAAUCGUCACAGUCCAUCUUCUCCAUCAAAGAUGGCACCGAGAUCUCGGGCCAUCGUCGUGCCAGUCGCCGAAGGACGGGUCCUCUAUCAGCCCAGCAGAGGGAGAAAGCAGCCCUGAUUCGGAAGCUAGGCGCGUGCGGAGACUGUCGAAGGCGACGGGUUGCUUGUCACCCAAACCACCAUGACAUGUCAUGGGAAGAUGCUGUGCGAAAGUACCGUUCGUCAAGCCCAUUACAAGAUCUUGCGCCCCUGGCCGAUAGGCACCUCAGCCCGGCACCGAGCCACAUCAGGGCCCCUUUUGCCCAGGACCCUCAGGAGAUGGACAUUGACACAUCGCCUACCACCCCAAACGCCCAGACAACUCUAAGUCGACCACCACUCGGUGAUGCGCGAGUCAGGACGCCGCUACCCUCUGGCCCACGGCUGGACAAACCAAUACCCAUGGCCCCUUUGAUUAGUACAUCAGCAGCCUUUACCCCUAUACAGAACCUCGAUUCCAUCAAGGCAGACCUGAACAGCACGGCUUCGAGGAUACUGUCCUCGCCGCAUCGAAGUCGUUACACCACCGUCUACGUGCUGCUCAUCUACUGGCAGGACGACGACGACCCCGGAGUCAGCUCCGCCGUGGACGAACUAGCCGAGGUCUUCGACAAGUACUACCAUUACACGUUGGAGGUUUCCAAGAUCCCGCCAAACGCCUCGAGUGGAUGCGCAAACUCUUGGAGGUGGCUGUCGCGGAUUAUCAACGACUUCACGGACCACAGUGACACGAGGGACGUCUUAAAGAUCGUGUACUACAACGGCUACAGCUUCCUCGACGAAAAUAGGGAGAUGGUCCUGGCGAGCUCUCAAGACCGUGAUGAGGCCUCGACGAUCCGGUGGAGCGGCAUCCAGCAGAUACUAGAAGAAGCCUGCUCGGACACCCUGAUCAUCAUGGACGCCGCGUACUACCCGUCCACAUCCAAGAUGGUGCGUCAAAAGGGGGUCCUGGAGCUGAUUGCCGCCUCGACGUCCGAAGACUACUUCGCCAUCUUCGACCGCGGAUGCUUCACCCGGACCCUGGCGGACCAGCUCCGAACGCGCGCCGUCCAGCGUCCACCGCCGAACGCCAGUGCACUGUCGGCAGCCGAGCUGCACGCGAAGCUCCUCUCCAUCUACCCCAAACUCGUCCACGACAGACACCCACACCCGCAGAAGGCGGCGGCGGCGGUAAUACCGAACCUGCCCUCGCCGCUGCACAUGCAGAUGUCGGGCAACGCGCGGCUGCCGUCCAUCACGUUAUCGCCCCGGACCGGGCUCACGAGAGACGACACCGAGAUCGGCCACGGCGGCGGCCCGCAGCUGACGCUGUCGAUCCGGUUGACCGACGACGCGCUCAGCCUUGAGAACUGGACCGAGUGGUUCCGCAUGAUGCCCGAGGGCAUCAGGGCCGUCAAGGUCGAAGGCCCCUCCUAUCUAUCAUACGUUUAG